AUGGCCAACACGGCGAUUUUGACUUAUGAACCGGAAAAUAGUGCAGAACGACUUGCGGUAACUCGGAUUUUUGGGGGAAAUUGGGGGUUUUGAGCAUAAAUUUUGCAUUUUUCCAAGUUUUUGAUGAAAAUUUGAGGAUUUUCAGGGUUCUAGAGCUGAAAAUCAGGGGUUUCCUGGUUUUUGAACGAAAUUUUUUGAUUUUUGAGUUUCCAGAGCAAAAUUACAUGGUUUUUCCGGUUCCUGGAGCGAAAAUUGCCAAUUUUUAUGUUCCGGAGCUAGAAAAUCCGAAAUUUCAGCUUCAAAAGCAAAAAUUCAUAUUUUUCUGGCUCCCGGAGCAAAAAUAUAUUCGUUUUGAAGUACUGAAGCUGAAAAAUCUGAUUUCCCAGCUCUAGGAACCGAAAAUUGUCAAUUCUCAACUUCUGGAGCAAAAAUUCAUGCUACUGGAGCUGAAAAAUCUGAUUUCCCAGCUCUAGGAACUGGAAAUUGUCAAUUCUCAACUUCUGGCGCUAAAAAUUCAAGUUUUUCUGGCUCCUGGAGCAAAUUUUCAUAGUUUUUAGGUUCUGGUGCUAAAAAACUUAAUUUUCAGCUUCCUGACUCGAAAUUUCAUGAUUUUUCACUUUCCAGACCGGAAAAAUCCUAGUUUUCUGCUCCAAGUCCGAAAAAACUCGAUUUUUCACUCCCAAAACUCAAAGGUUCAUGAAUUUCUGGUUCCAGAGCUGAAAAUGACUAUUUUCCAGCUCCUGGAGCAAAACUUCAUAUUUUUCUGGCUCCUGGAGCAAAAAUUCAUAUUUUUCUGGCUACUGGAGCAAAAUUAUAUUCGUUUUGAAGUACUGAAGCUGAAAAAUCUGAAAAUCCAGCUCCUAGACUAAAAAUUCGUGAAUUUUCACCUUCAACACCGGAAAAACUCGAUUUUUCCUCCCCAGAUCCCAAAAAUCGCCGAAAUUUCCAGAAAACCUGCUUCUUCUUCAUAGUCAUCGACAUUUUCCUGACCAUCAUUCUAUUCAGUUUCUGUUUUUCGGGAAUCGCUUCGUAUUUGCUGAUUUUUUGGCUGAUUUUUCAAAGUAUUCGACUGGUUUCGUUGAUGAAUCAAUCGAUUUUCGGAAUUAUUUUGCAUUUAUUCGCUAGUUUAUUGUAUACGAGUGGAGUUGGAGUUGUUGUAACUUUGUAUGAGUGCGGAGUGAUUCGAAGUGAGUUUUUUGAACGAAAUUUAAAUCCUGAGAUGAAAAAAAGUGAACUAAGAGCUCGAAAAUCGAAAAUUUUCAGUCUAGGAGCUGGAAAUUUGUAUUUUCCUGCUCUGGAACCUGAAAAAUCAUCAAAUUUAGCCCCUGGGGUGAAAAAAGUGAAAAUUUAGCACGAGAAGCUUGAAAAUCUCGAAUUUUCAGCCUAGGAGCUGAAAAUCUCUGAAAUUUCACUCGAGAAGCUUGAAAAUCAUGCAAUUUUUGCUCCAAGACUCGAGAAAUCCUGAAAUUUCGCUCCAAAAAACUAAAAAUCUCUGAAAUUUUGCUCCGAAUGCUCAAAAAUCCCCAAUUUUUGCUCCAAAAGCUGAAAAUCUCUGAAAUUUUGCUCCAAGACUCGAGAAAUCCUGAAAUUUCGCUCCAAAAGCUGAAAAUCUCUGAAUUUUUGCUCCGAAUGCUCAAAAUUCCUCAAUUUUUGAUCCAAGACUUGGAAACCCUGAAUUUUUGCUCCAAAAGCUAAAAAUCUCUGAAAUUUUGCUCCCAAAGCUAAAAAUUUCUGAAGUUUUGCUCCAGAAGCUCAAAAAACCUGAAAAACACUCACUUUUCGCAAAUUUGAAGCUUCAAAACCUCAAACUAGUCAAUUUCCAGGUAAAAAUAAUUGAAAAAUGGCAAAUUUUCUUUCGAAACCGUGGAAAUUUGAAAGUUCACGUUGAAAUUCGAAAAAAAAAACGAUAAUUUUUGACAUAAAAAUCUGGAAUUUCCAGAUUUCUUCCCAAAAAUCCCGAGAUUUUUACAGAAUGCUUCCACACUUUGUGCAAAACUGUUCAAAAAUCGCUGGCCGACACAUACGACAAAACUACCCUAAUUUUCUACGCAGCAUAUGUGUUUUUAAGUGAGUUUCCUAGUUUUCUAAUUAAAAACAACCUUAAUUAAUUAAAUAAUUAACUUGAUUAAUUAACUAACUAACUAAUUAUCUAAUUAAAUCUUAAUUAAUUAAUUUCCAGUCCAAUCAAUAAUUCUGCUAAUUUCCUCUGAAUUAUUGCAAAAUUUGGUGGUCAAAAAAGAGUUUACGAAAAUCAAUGUACAAAUGGCAGUGGCUUCAAAAAGACGGUAA